AUGGUAACUGGAAGAAACAGGUACAAUACCCAAACAGCCACUAUCACCAAACAGGUGUGGACAACCAAGGCUACUAAGGACUUUCGUCAAUUCUCUGCCCUUUUGGUUGUAUUUGCUGGCAAAUCUCAUUCAAACCCAACAAAAAAAGGAUUACUUGAAAAACUGCAUUUGAAAUAUUCUCAGAAACCAUGGAAUGAAACCAUUAAACUUGUGAGAAUAUGCUUGGACAAACCUGUGGGCCCUUCUUUAAAAGGUUGCAUAAAUCAUCCUUUGCUGAAGUGCACAGACAUACUACAAAAGGCACUUAAAGAACAAUCUCAGUCUGCUAUACUGAACCGAAUAGAAUGCAUAUCAAAGCAAAAUGGGCUGGAAUCUCACCUUGGCCCCAGUGGAAGAGUUUGCUACAUCACUUCUGAAAUGUUUUAUAUAGAAGUUCAAGUGAAGAAAAAUGGACGUGUGACGGAUGUUAAACUGGCUCAUCAUGGAGAAGGCCCAAUGAUCUCAAAGGAGUUACUCCAGUUUCUCAGGAAAAAGGAUUUUGAAGCUUUCGGGAGGAGCCUGCAAGGACUUCUAUUUUUAUACAACAUUCCAGGAAAUAGUGAAAUGAAAGCUAAUGUCUAUCUUGCACUGCGAGCCCUAGAGACAGAUCUGAAUGGAAUAGCCAAUCUCUACAGCUCCAAGAAUUUUUACAAAGGUUCUCGAGUGACUGCAUUACUACAUGGAAGAGUAGGGAUCGUAACUCCCAGAUCGGCAGGGAUGCCAAUGGAUAUUGAAUAUUAUGCUUCUCCGUGUCAGCUCUUGCAAGAAAAGCUUAACCCAGGCCAUGAGGUGGUUAGGUCAAAAAUGUCAGUGACAAUUAUGGCUACAAAGAUAUGGCAUUGCCUUCCAAUUUCACCACUAUUGAAUGAAUCUCAACAUACAAAUGGCAGCACACCUGUUUUCAAAGCAGUCUCUGAAUCUUUGAGUAUGGAUUUACCAGCUUGCUUCUUUCUGACAUUCACAGAUCCUGUACCUCUCGUUAUUCCUUCAUUCCAGAAUCUGCAGAAUAUUACAGGACUUCCAGUUUUUGGAAUAAUACAAGCUCCCUUGCAUAAACUCAUUAUUCAAGUGAAGAAUAAAAUGCAAGAAACAGAUGAUGAAGCUCGAUUCACAGUGUCUCUUCCAGAUUGCUUGGAUCAUUGUUAUGUUAUCAACAGCAGACUAGAUAAUGAGAGUGCUACAAUGGGAAUCCUUGUGGAUAAAAUACCUUUCACUCAUCCGAGCCAUGUGCCUCUUAUUUUAGAAGUUCUUCGUCAUCAGGCUGCUUACAACGCACUUAUUAGCAGCUGUGUACCCAGCACCAAGGAUGCCAAAGGGAACUACAGCAGCUCAGUAAUGUAUUCAGGGCCACCAUCAGGGGAAUCUUCUAAUUUACUUCUCUUUGAAGUAAUCCUGCAAAAAGACUCAAGAAUAUGUGUUUCAUUCCAGCAUCCCAGUGGCGACAGUCUCUGUUGUGUUACUGUGGAUGUCUUGAGCUCCAGACAGUUAAAAUGCAGUUUAUACACCAACAACGCAGAUCCAAAUAUUCCUUGUGAUAACGAAUUCAUAUUGAAAGUUCUUGAACGCUGCAUGUCGAUACCUAUCACUAUGAGAGCCAUUUUCAAAAGAGCUCAGAAGCUGGAGAACAACAACAAAAUGGAGAUAUUGAGUGCACAGUGUGAAAAUUCUUCUCUCCGUGAAGGUUCAGUUAUAAUCCAUCCGUCUCCAAAUUCUGGACAGCAACAAGUGGAUGACAACACUAAUAGCAAGACUACUGAUCUAGCGGCUGAUCAAAACAUUACACAGAUUAGGACCUCACUUGAACCCAGUUAUAGUGACCCACAGGAAUUACAUUCUAUCAUUACAGGAGGUCAAUAUUUUGAAGAGCCACAUUUUAGCACAGCAGAAGAGCCUCAUCCAGUCAUUGCGGAGGAACCAGAUUCGAACAUUGCAGAAGAUCUUAGUAUUAUCCCUGUAGAAGAGCCUCAAUCAAGCUUAAUAGAGACUAGUUCUAGCAUGAUAGAAGAUCCUAGUUCUAGUUUUACAGAAGACUUAAGUUCUAGUAUUGCAGAGGAACUCAGUUCUAGCAUGAUUGAGGAACUUAGUGUAAAUAUGUCUGGAUAUACGGCCUCCGAAGCCACUGGUGAAAUAGAACCUGAUCAUUAUUAA